AUGGUAAACACUAAAGAGCAGCACAAAAAGCAAGAGAAGUCACCAAAAUAUGAAAUGAAAAGCACGGCCGAUCCAGAAAAGGAACAAGAUUAUCAUUGGAAACGACACGAUAGUACGGUUUUAGGCGCCUAUGAAGAAAUGUAUGGUGAUCAAACGCCAAUUGACAUCGAAGAAAUUUUUGGAAGUUCCAUUGCUCCUAUAAAAAAGGUGCAGAUACUGGAACGACCAAAAAUUGGAAAAUCAACAUUUUGUCAAUAUGUUACUUAUCGAUGGGCCAAAGGGAAGCUCUGGUCUCGUUAUGAAUUGGUUGUGUUGAUUGACUUUCUACAGCUGAAUAACACUCGAUAUCCAGCGACAAAACUUUACACAUUAGUUGAUCUUAUUGAGAGAGAAUAUACACCGUUCGGCGAUAUAUCACAGAAGAAGAAAAAAUCUUUCUUGCAAAAAUGUAAUAACGGAAACGUUUUAUGGAUAUUGGACGGAUAUGAUGAAUUAACUGCAAACAUUCCAGAACAACUGAAACAGUGUUUCGAUGAUAUAUGGGAAAAACAAAAUUAUAUAUUGAUGUCUUCGUCUUAUGACCUUGUAAUUUCAUGCGAUGUGAAAAUGAAAAUAAUGGGAUUUAUACAUGGUGAUAUUUCAAGGUAUAUCGGGCACUUUUUUCGUCGGAUUGAAGGUGAGUUACCAAAUGCUUCGUCCGAAGACCAAAAACUACUAGAUUUCCUAUAUUCAAAUCGGAGUAUUUAUCGUGUUGCCAGUAUUCCUGUGAACCUUGAACUGAUAUGUAGACUUUGGGUGGAUCCACAUCAGUUAGAAACGAAAGUAUCAACAAUGACUGCAUUGUACGAGAAAUUCGUAGUAUGGCUAUGUCGACGACAAAUUACUAAAGACAAUAAAAAUCUAGAACAGAUGACGAAAGACGCUGUCUAUAAGCAAUUUGAUAGAGAAUUACAAUUUUUGGAAUAUUUAGCUUUCAAAACGGUGCAAAACGACAAAAUUAUUUUGUCCUCAGAUCUUGUACAAGAGGCAACAAGAGAAACCGGAUGCGAUCUACACGAAUAUUCACGGGUUUUACAAACGGGUAUUCUGAAACCAUAUGAUAAAAAGUCAUUUGAAAAUCAGAAUGAAACUACAAAACAAUAUUAUUUCAUUCAUCCCAGUUAUCAAGAAUUUUUUGCAGCACGUCAUUUACUAAGAGCAUUGAAAAGCUCAAAUGAUAAUGAAGCUACUCAUUUCAUCAGCCAUCAAAAAUAUAACCAACGAUUUCGUUUGAUGUUUAUCUUUGCCACGGGUCUUCUCGCAGAAUCCGAUUAUCAAGCAUGCAUCAAUACAUUUUGGACAAAGAUUCAAGGGGAACCCAUUGAUCUUGGUAGUCUUCAGCAUUCGCAACUUCUCACUGAAUGUAUCGAUGAGCUGGGCGAUUCAGACGUGUUUGAUGAUCGAUUAAAUAUACUAAACAAACUAUGGCAUUUAUUCAAAACAUUCUUCGAUAUCGAAGCGAACGUCGUUAAAGAUAAUAUGAUAGCAAUUCUCUCGAAAACAUCGACUAUAUUUCAAAACAAACUCAUGCAAAACAAUCUCGCUCAACUACUGUACAUCAGUGAUGAAUCUCAGAAAUGUCGAUUACUUCGUUUAAUAUCUCAAUUACCUGCGUUGCAACCUAUCGAAAAACUCUUCUCUGUGCUUCUCCGUCAAUUAAAAGAUUCAUCAUACUCAAUUCGGCAAGAAGCCUGUGAUGUUCUUGGAAACAUUGGCGCUAACGCAGUGACCAAGCAGCUCACCGAUGCUCUUGUCAAAGCACUUGGAGAUAAUCAUUGGCUUGUUCGCAUAGCUGCCUGCAAAGCUCUUGGAAAGCUGAAUAAGAAUGCAGUAACAACUAACAUAAUCGGCGGGCUCAUCAAAGCACUCGGUGCUAAUUCUAACGAUGUUACCACAGCUGCGUGUAAUGCCCUAGUGAAAUUGAGUGAAAAAGUAACAAUGAAUCUAGUGAUCGGUGGUCUCGUCCAUGCGCUUGCUCAUCAUAAAAAAUUCCUCGUUCGAAUAAAUGCGUGUGAGAUUCUGGGAAAGAUCGCUGAAAAAACACCAAUCGAUGAAGCGAUUGCUGUCCUCAUCAAUGCACUUGACGAUGAAGCCAUCGGCGUCAAUGGCAGUGCGCAUAAAGUUCUUAUGAAGCUCAGCAAAACACCAUCAGCAGAUAAGGUGAUCACUGCUCUCAUCCAUGCACUUGCUGUUCAUGAGAACUACCAGGUCCGAAAAAAGGCAUGCAAGAUUCUCAGAGAGAUAGCUGAAACAGCACCAACUAAUGAUGUGCUAGCUGCUCUCAUCAAUGCACUUAACGACGUAGCUUUUGACGUCAGUCGCAGUGCUCAUGAAGCUCUAAUGGAGCUCGGCGGAAAAGUAUCAACGACUGAAGCAAUCACUGGUCUCAUCAAUGUACUUCGUCCUAAGAGUAAUUGGAUUCAAAUAUGUGUAUUUCAAGUUCUUGGGAACAUCGGUGAAAAAGCGGCAACCAAUGAGGUGCUAACUGUUUUACUCAAAGCACUUGGUGAUAAAGAUACGGAUAUUCGAAAAAAUGCGUGUCCAACUCUUGGAAAAUUUGGAGGAAAAGCAGCAACGGAAGACGUAAUCUCGGCUCUCAGCUAUGUGCUUCGUGAUAAUGAUCCGGAUGUUCAGAUAAAUGCGUGUCAAGCUCUUGGAAAAUUUGGAGAAAAAGCAGCAACAGAAGACGUAAGCUCGGCUCUCAGCAAUGCAUUUUAUGACAAAAAUGCGAAUGUUCGACAAAAUGUGUGUGAAGUUCUUGUAAAAAUUGGUGAAAGCGCAGCAACGAAUGACGUAUUAACUGUUAUCCUAAAAGCAUUUAAAGAUAAGCAUCGUUCAAUUCGUCAGAUCGCGUGUAACGUUCUUGGGAGCAUGGGUGAAAAAGCAAUAACUGCUACGGUCAUCACUGCUCUCCUGAAUGCAUGUAACGACCGAGCUUUCGACGUUCGCCACAGUGCGAUUGAAGCUCUGGUGAAACUUGCCGAAAAAGCAUCAACGAAUGAGGUCAUAGUUGGUCUCAGUAAUGCACUUCGUGAUGAAAAUGUAAAUGUUCGAAAAAGUGCGUGUGAGGCACUUGCAAAAAUUCUUGAAAAAGCGGCAACAACGGAGACGAUCACUGCUCUUUUUAAUGCAUUUGCUGAUAAGGACAGCGAUGUCCGAUCCACAGCGUGUAUUGCUCUUAGAAAGUUUGGUGAAAAAGCAGAGACGAAUGAGCUGAUUGUUGGUCUUAUCGAAGCACUUGGCAAUAAGGAUUUGAAUGUUCGAAAAGAGGCAUGCAGCAUUCUUUCGGAUAUCGGUGACAAAGCGGGAACGAAGGAGAUGAUCGCUGCUCUCCACAAUGUACUUAGAGCCGAGGAUAAAGAUAUGAGAUUUUGGUUCUGUAUAGCUCUUCGCAAGAUCGGUGAAAAAGCAGCAAAUGAUAAGGUGAUCGAUUAUCUCGUCAGUAUUCUUAUCGACAAGAACUCUGGUCACCAAAGAAAUGCAUGUGAAGCUCUUAGCAAUAUGGGUGAAAAAGCAAUAACCGAAAAAGUGCUAGCUGGUCUCGUUGACGCACUCGGCGACAAGAGUGUGUAUUUGCGAGAAAGUGCCUGCGAAACGCUUGCAAAAUUAGGUGAAAAAGCAGCAACGGAGAAUGUGCUGGUCGGCCUCACCAAUGCGAUGCGUAACAAUGUUAACUAUCCUGAACGUAUCCGAGCAAAGGCAUGCAACGCUCUGGGAAGUAUGGGUGAAAAAUCAGCAACGAGUGUGGUGAUAGCUGGUCUCGUCGAGGCACUUCGUGACAAGAAAUGGGACCGGGAUAUCCGACAAGAAGCGUGUGAUACUCUUGGAAAGAUCGGUGAAAAAGCAGUAACGCAUGAGGUCAUCACUAGCCUUCUCAAUGCACUUGGUAACAAGAAUGCGUUUUAUUCUGUUGAACGAGGGGCGUUUGGGGCUGUUAUGGAGCUCAGUGAAAGUGCAAAAACAAAUCAAGUGAUCGUUUGUUUAGUCGAGAGAUUUUUUGUCAGAGGAAAUAACGGAACCGAUUCAGACAAGGCAAAAGCUCUCACCGCAGCGAUGCAUUCAUAUGCUGCACUUAAGGAUUUAGAUACUGAUAUGAUUGUGAAGCUGACACAAUGUUUGAAACAAUGUGUGAAUAUUGAAUUGGCAAUGAUGCCACGAAAUCAAUUCAUUAGAGUAUUUCUCGAAACACGAAAUGACGCCUGGAUUCCUUUAGUUGAAUAUGCAACACUCUUGCAAAAUGUUGCGGUGACUAUCAUGGAUAAUAAAGUUAUGAUAUAUGAUGGUAAAUAUGUGGCUGAGCGACAGGUGACGGAGCCUGGAGUAUUGGAUCUUUUUGAAAAAAAGAGACCACUGUAUGCAGACAUCACACUGACACCGACAAUGACAAGUGAUUUCGAUUCACAUCAAGUAUUAUUAGAAUCAGAAGAAUUUUCUGUGCCAGAUAUUAACAGCGGCAGACUUUCUUGCCAGGGUCAUCCUUGUCCGAACUGUGGCCCGUGUCGUGAUUGGUAUUUUACAGGCAAUGUAGCAGAACUGGCUUGGUUGCGAGAUGAACAGCAUUGGAAUUACCAAAAUGACGCUUGGAAUCGUUGGCUCAACGAUCGUUUAUACUUGAAGUUUAAGCCUCGUGAUGGAAAAACCUGUGUUGGUCGCCACAAUUUUAUUUUUCCUUUUACUAUUGGUAAAUAUGAUUAUGGUUUUCAUAUCGGAGAAGGUGGUUUUCCUCAUGGUCCAGUUGGUUAUGCGAGAGCUGUUCCGUUUGCUGAGAAUCUUCCUUAUGAUCAUGAAGGUUAUUAUAGUGAUUUUUGUGCUUGUGAAGAUAAUGUUGUUGCGUGA